GGCAGAAAGACCAAGGGACAAGAGGAGGCAGAGGGUGUGAAGUCAGGCCUGUCAGGGGCAAGAAGGAAAGCAUCCAAAGCCAGCUGGUCUGGCUUUGAACAACAAGAGAGAAGCCGUGAUACAAAGAAGAGAGAGAGUCAGAUAAAGAGAGGAAACAAGAGAUACAGAAAGUGAAUCCUUGCAGGAAAAAACCUGAAGACCCUUUUUGGUUCUGUUAAGGUAUUUGUGCAAAAACUCAAACAGGACAUUUUUCCCAAGGAGGAAAACGCAGCAGGAAGCUUAACGCAAGCGAGGGAAGCAUUGAAGGGAAAGGAAGAGACAGACAGGAGCUGGAUUUUCCCAUAAAGAGAAUAUCACUGCUUUGAUAGUUGGAUUGUGGUGUGGUCACAAGAAGGACAGAGUAAAACCGAGUAGAGUGUUGUACAAUGUGCUAGGAGUGAAGGAAAGAAGACAAGCUCUGUUGUUUUUCUGAUAUUCUCGAGGUGUCAGAGAGACCAAACAGGACGCAGAGAUGGGCCGGAAGAAGAUACAGAUCACGAGGAUCAUGGAUGAGAGGAACAGGCAGGUUACCUUCACGAAGAGGAAGUUUGGGCUAAUGAAGAAGGCCUAUGAGCUCAGCGUUCUAUGUGACUGUGAGAUAGCCCUGAUCAUAUUCAACAGCUCAAACAAACUCUUUCAGUAUGCGAGCACAGAUAUGGACAAGGUCCUGCUCAAAUACACUGAGUACAACGAGCCCCACGAGAGCAGAACCAACUCCGACAUUGUCGAGGCGCUAAACAAGAAAGAACACAGAGGCUGUGAUAGCCCGGACCCUGAUGCCUCAUAUGUCCUCACCCCUCACACAGAAGAAAAGUAUAAAAAAAUUAAUGAGGAGUUUGAUAAUAUGAUGAGAAAUCAUAAAAUCCCCACAACGCUGCCCCAGCAGAACUUCCCCAUGCAUGUGGCAGUGCCAGUCUCCAACCAGAAUACCAUGUCCUACAACCCAGGAGGAUCCAUGAGCAGCCAGGCCCUGACCCAGGCCGCAGCCUCUCUGAGUGACAGCGGGAUGCUCUCCCCCCCUCAGGCCUCCUUACACAGGAGCGGGGGUCAGCAGAGGCCCUCCACUCAAGGCAAUGCGGGGAGUAGCUUUGUCAACUCCAGGGGCUCUCCGGGACUCCUGGGCACACCCAGCGGGAACGGCCUGGGGAAAGUCAUGCCCACCAAGUCUCCACCGCCCCCUGGAGUGAACAUGGGGAUGGGAAACCGCAAGCCAGACCUGAGAGUGGUGAUCCCCCCAUCCAGCAAAGGCAUGAUGCCCCCACUGUCAGAGGAAGAGGAAAUGGAUUUGAACACCCAAAGGCUAAGCAGCUCCCAGUCCCAGCCACUGGCCACCCCAGUAGUGUCUGUCACCACCCCCAGCCUGCCCCCUCAAGGCCUGGUCUACUCAGGCAUGCCCACCGCUUACAACACCGAGUACUCCCUGAGCAGUGCAGAGAUCUCCUCCCUACAGGGCUUCGGCUCUCCAGGGCUCUCUCUGGGCUCCAUGUCGGCAUGGCAACAACAUCAACUGGGCCAGGCAGCUCUCAGUUCUUUGGUGGGUGGUGGUCACCUACCUCAGGGCUCCAACCUCUCCAUCAACACCAGCCAAAACAUCAAUAUCAAGUCAGAACCCAUCUCCCCUCCUCGGGAGCGUGUCACCCCCUCUGGCUUCCACCAGCAGCAGCAACAGCAGCGGCAUCAGCAGCAUCAGGCGUCCAGCCGGCAGGACCUGGGCCGCUCGCCAGUGGACAGCCUCAGCUCCUCCUGCAGCUCAUACGAUGGCAGCGACCGCGAGGACCACCGGCCAGACUUCCACACCUCCUCCAUGGGGCUGGGCAGACCCCCGGCCGGCACCGAGGACAACAGGGCAAGCCCUUCUGUCAAGCGCAUGCGCAUGGACACCUGGGUGACAUAGAGCCACAUGGUCAAGCCUCCAGUCACCAGCUAGUCAGAUGGAGGGAGGGAGGGGGUAGACUUGGGGGAGAGAUGGAUGGGGUAGGAAAGGUCCUUAUAGUUAUCAUUAUAAUAUUAUUAUUUAACUCCAUUUCAUUUUGUAAGAAGGAGAAUGGCAAAUACAAUUAAAGGACAUAUCUAAAUUAAAUACGUCUCACAUGAAUAAGAAGAGCAUUCAAGUAGUUGGACUGAAUUAUGUACACAAACAGAUGUUAUCAGGUACUGGGUGCAAUCAAGAUUAUGUUUGCAGGAGUCCAAUGUUCAAAGAAAAAAAACAAAUGAAACAAUCUAGUUUAUUGUAGUCACUGGUCUAGUCUGGCACUUACUUGUAGUUGCUGUUUUUGCUGUUGUGGUUGCAAGUUGCAAACAAUCAAAGAAAGUCUGAGUGUUGCCUAGUGGCUGAGGGCCCCUGCUUGUGGCGUCCACUGUUAGAGCGCAAGUUUCCAACAUGAUGGUGUAACCGCAUACACCUUUAAUCUCAUACAAUGUUGACUCAAUUUGUCUCUUCUAUUAAGUUAUUACAUCAAAUCGAUGUGAAAUCUCAUUUUAAAACAAAAUCGACCUCAGAGACACUACAACAUAGUAAUUUGAAAGAGGUAGAAUUUAUCUCGUGGGGUUUGAGACAGGAAAAGCUAUCAUGUAUGGGAAGGACAUGGCUCAGUCAUGUGAUUAGUUCUAAAAGAGAGGAAAAGUAUAUUGCAAUAAUAACAUAUUCAUUUUAUAAUCUGAUAUGGGAAAUUAAGAUAAUGGGAAAUCGUCCAGUUGAACUGGUAGCAUAGUAAUAGUAAGAAAUAUUCUCAUUGCUCCAACAAUUCAUUGGUAAUGUAAGCCAAAGCUGUACUGUAUGUUUAUUUGUUAUUUUGUAGCUAUGUUUUCCUAGCAAUUCUCUCAAAAACAACUGUUUAUCUUAGUUAUGUUUUUACUGUGCUCUGUUACAUCCAAUACGAAGACAUGCAAGCCAGAUCUUGAAUCAAUAUCUAAAGCCAUGAACACUUGAUGUUCUGUUUGUAAAAUUCUAAAUUUGAGCCAAAUGUUUUCUUUUGUUAUGUAAAUAGCAACUUUAAUAUUUAUCACAUUGGUGUUAAGUACGUAUGUAUUGUACCAUCACCAGAUUCAAGAAAAAGGUAUAUUUUUGUGGAUUACUGCCAUGUUUACCCAGCGAGAUCCUUAUUAAGUAGAGUAUUCACUGGUUAAUAUUUACUAUUUUGUUUAUACUGUGCUUUCUUUCAAAUUUUGUUAUUACUGUUUUAAAAUCAGUGGAUUUAUUUCCAGAGUAGUUUUUUGGGUCAUUUUCCCUUUAAUAGUGGUGAAUAUCUGUCCCUAGGAAAUUGUAAUAACAGUGCUGUGAGGUUAAAGUUCCUGUAUACCGUAUGUUGUGAAGGAAAAUCGCAAUGCUAAGGAUAACAUGGUUCCGUCUAUUGUGUUAACUAUUUACCUGCAGCUGCUGGAUACUCUGCCAACUUUCAAACCCAAGGUCCCAUCUCAGCAUUGAAAAACCGUCCAUUGUGAUUGUGCUUAGCUCAAUCGAAAGAUAUGCCAUUUCAUGAACCAUGCCAAUAAACCUAUUUAUGGUUAAUUAAAUUAUCCAUCGAUAGAUCACUCUGGUGAAUUUUUUCACAUUGAGUAAACUAAGUUACAAACGUUGUAAAUAUCAUAGCCUAAAUGUACAUCUCAGUCAUGAUUAUGUAUAAAAUGUAUCCAUUUUAUAAAUUGGCACAGUAAAAUAUCCUUUGUAAAUGCCCCAUCACUAGUAGGAAAUGAAUAAUCCAGAAAUCAUGAUGUCAUAAACAGGGUGUAGUACUGGUGAGGGGAAACAGCCAUUUUCUGUUUCAUUGUUGUAUGUUUGCCUGUGUGAGCAUAUCAGACCAUGCAGAGGCAUGUAGGUCAUUGUCUGUUACAGGUGGCCCUGUUUUCAUUAUACCCAAUCCUCACAGUGGCUAAGUGUCAGAGAAUUCAGCAGCUAAAACGUAGUAGAGACAAUGCAACUGAAUUGACUUGAUCUCACACUGCUGGAUUGCACACAUUUGUAUGAGAAUUGUGUUGUACAAAAGGAGUCUCUCUUUAUAUUUGCUAUAUUUUCCCUUGUGUGUUUCUUCUCCAUGCCCACCUCCACCCCUUUUCAUUUGAUCCAUAGCAGUUGGCCAUAAGCCAAUAGUGAUCUAUGUAGUUCACAACUCAUACUCUGUCCAGAUGGGACCCCAACAAAAUGUGACUUGAAGGGUCCAGUCUACUAUUAGAUGUUAUUGCAAGUCCCAGUACUUGAAUGAAGAUUUGCGGAUAUGAUGAAGUAGGAACUAUGUGCUUAGGGCCUACAGGGCCUGAGCAGAUGAACAUAUGACUGUUAACCUUUAGUCCUUAAGUGCCACUGUGUGAGGGAGCUUGAUAGGCAGUUGCACAUCAAUUUGAAAUCAUGUAAACCUUUUUGAACACAUUGUUUUCCUCAGUCUUGAUCAAUUCAGAAAUAUUUUAGAGAUGCAUAAGAAACAACAUAACUUAUUAAUAUCAAAUUUAACACUUCAGGUUACAGAAUAGCAAUAAAACCAUUACACUAUUCUUAAAAGGCAGUAGCAGUCUUUUUUUUAAUAACUUCAUCACACAAUUACAUGCACACUUUAGCACUUGAUAGGAUAUCAGGGAAUUUUUCUAGGUUCACUCUUUAUAUGCACGGUUAGAAAAUAGCCUUAUCCCAAAGAAUUACUCAUGUUAUACAUCAAGAAAAGCCUCACAAAGCUCCAAACUUGCACCCCUACAGCUAAAGAAGCUGGCAUACAUUACAGUACAUAGACUGGAUAAUCUUGCCCACCCUGCACUCCCCUGAAAUCAGAUUCACACAAGGAAUGUAUUGAGAAUGUAAAGGGAUAGACUUGCUUUUUUGGUCUAUGUGCUGUGUAAAAAUAUGCACAACUAUUGAAUGUGAAAGAACAGGAUUUAAGGAGACAACAGAACUUUGUUUGAAGUACUUUCUUCACUUUGCUUUGCGAGAGUAAGCCUACAAUGCUUUGCUUUAUGGCUUUUACAAAACAGAACUAUGUGUUUGGUAAUUGUUGUAGUUAAUAGUUCACUUAAAGAAGCUGUUUGCGGUUUGGAUGCUCAAACCGUUUGGCGGCACAAGCUGGACUUUGUUGCCAUGAAUGAAACAAACUGUUUCAAAAUCAAGAGAGAAUUUUAAGUUAAUCUGCAUUUUAUUUCCCUUGAAUGUGUUGUUUUAUCUUCAUUAUACAAUAAAUAUUCUAGUGAACUUUUUAUUGAAUGACUAAGAUACCAAGCUAGAGAUUGUUGUACAAAUUUGUAUUCUACAUUCACUAAAAGUAAAACUAUUGGCUUUUACUGUGUAUUUUAGGUUCUCUCACUCAUCCUGUAUAAAAUGAAGUAAACAACUCUCUUACCUAGAUUUUGUCCCCCUGUGAAGUCCCCAACAAUAGAGACUGUCAGCUUUAUUAAACACCUCAAUGUAU